AUGACUUAUCUUGAUGUGCUUGAUCUGAGUCGAAAUAAAUUGGCUGGUCGAAUCCCCUCCUGGAUUGGUCGCAUGGUUGAGCUCAAGGUGUUGAAUCUUCAGUUUAAUUCCUUCUAUGGGGAGAUUCCUGUGAGCAUAUGCAAACUCGGAUACCUUCGAGUUUUAAACCUCGCGCACAACAACCUCUCUGGAAGCAUCCCCCUUUGCUUUGACAACUUAACCACCAUGUCCGACCCAAAGUACCCUGUUCAGACAAACAACUCUUAUUGGUUUGGAGUUGAGGUCCAAAUGAAGAGCAUAACCCAAGUAUACACCAGUGCACUCCGGUAUCUUUUCUCCAUUGACCUUUCAAAUAACAAAUUAAAUGGAGAUAUUCCAACUGGUUUGACACGACUCUGCAACCUUGAAAAUCUGAACCUAUCACAAAAUGAUCUCGAGGGAGGAAUCCCUCCAGAGAUUGCCGAUAUGAAGAGGCUGGAGUCUUUUGAUUUGUCCAUUAACCAACUCUCAGGCCCCAUACCCCGGAGCUUAUCCGAAUUAGACUCCCUGGGUUAUCUGAACUUGUCAUUUAAUCAAUUAUCCGGUCCCAUUCCCUCGAUUGCCCAUCUAAGUACAUUUACAAAUGAAUCAUAUAUCAGGAAUGAUGCACUCUACGGGCCUCCACUUUCAAAGAAUUGCUCGGGAGAUCAUGGUCAAUCUGAAGAUAUUCACAAUCAACACGGUGAUGAUUCGGCAGGUAAAGACGAGUCCUAUGACCGUUGGUUAUAUGCAGGCAUCGCACAGGGCUUUGCCACGGGAUUCUUGGGAGUUUGUUGCUCAUUAUACUUCAAGCAUUCUUGGAGGCAGUCCUUCUUUCUUUGGUCGGACAAAAUUAUCACCCAAUUGCUUGUGAGGGUAGAGAUUAAGCUGCAAAAACUUACCCGAAAAUGCAAAAUGAACCCAAAUCAGUUGCAGAAAGAGCCUCGACCAUGGGCUGUGACCGGCCACACCAUGAAUUUGUUAGUGCCUUGGACAUUGAGUGGUCAAGAGAGCUCCUGA